AUGGCACCGAGCUUGCUUAGCCUCCCCAGUGAGCUCCGUAUUGAGAUAUUCAAAUAUCUCCUCGUGCAAAGAGAGCCUAUUGUUAUCAGGCAGCGCCCGUUUCAUGAGCUAGAGCCUAAUAUUCUCUCCACGAACAAGCUCUUUCUUGUGGAGGGUAGGCCGCUACUCUAUGGUUACAACUGCUUUAGCUUUGGCCCGUACAGUUCUGAUAUGGCCCUCCCCCACUUUAUUGAUGUUAUUGGUUCUAUCAACGCAUCUCACCUCUGGAAUAUCUAUAUUGACUUCCCGAACGUCUGCAAGAUUGAAGACGAAGUCAGCCUGCGCGAUGAAAGCCUUCAUAUGCUCAAAAUGAUCCAGGAAAAAUGCACCAAUCUUCAGAAGCUUACAACAGCUGCCGAAACAACCUAUGAGAUGGAAGCCAAGCUCGAGUCAUUUGACAGCCCUAAACUCUAUGACAAGGCCCUUGGUUUGGUUGCUGCUCAUUUCAGGACUAUUCCAUCUCUCCAGAAGGUCGUUGUUGAGGUGUACGAGGAGGGUACCAGUCUGGAUAUCAGAAAGAAAAUGGAAAAUCUUGGUUGGAUACCCGAGGUGGUGAAGCCAAUGGAAAAGGCGGAGUGGGACUUUGAAUGGGACAUGGAAGAGCGCUGGUCGCCCGACAUGCUGGAUGAUGACGACGAUGAUGAUUACGACGAUGAUUACGAUAUCGACAACGAUAGUGACUUUUGGAGACGGGCAGCGGAUUAA